GAUUGUUACGUCUCAGCUUGGUGUGCGUGUGCUUGGUCCCCCUUGGCUCCACUACCGUCGAUAGUCCGGACCACCGGCCAUCAUUCCUGACCUGACCCGACCAAGCCCGCUAACUUUCAGUCAUCACGUCUCCCAGCUUGCGUUUGCUAUCAGAAUCCCAUGCACGCCUCCUCUUCUAUCCUGUCUCUCGGUGUAAUUAAGAUUAGAAAGCAGACGCGCCUCUUUUCACCACAACACACCAUCGUGAGCUCACAGAUCACACGACAACUGCACAUUGCAUGUGGCUGCAUGUGGCCACGUUCAAAUGAGGAGGGCGUUCCGUCCCUUUUUACCCAGCGAUUCCUAACAUCGCUGACGCCUUCGCCUACCCUGCUAUUACCAGGGAUGGUGAUUACAGUUGCAGGCGACUUGAGGACCGGGUCUCUCAGGGGAAAGAUCGCCGACUGCACUUUGCAUCGUAACAGCCACACACCAAAAAAAAACCACGGCAUUGCGCUGCCAUUUUCAUGCAGUAACAAUAACUCAUUGAAAUGGACCGACUCUUCCUCUAUCGGAUUAUAUAUUUUUUUAAAUUCCGUUUAACUACGUGACCGUGUUUCUCAUUGCUCAGCUAGUGAUCACAUCAGCUGCGUUACUGUAUUGUCUGCGUGAUGGAUGAAGGGGGAAGGAUGGCAAAGAAGGCUGGGCAUGAGCCAGAGAUGGCCCGGGAGAACAGAGUGCGCAGCGCCACAGGCGAGGAUCAGACCGAGAAGGCACGGGAGGGGAGUGACGAGGUGAGGGGGUUGUCGGAGAGCCAUCAGCGUUCCGCCAUCGUUAUCCAACGUGCCUGGAGGAGAUACAUCGACCUGCAGGUGUUCCGCUACUACCGGGAGCUGCUCAGCUUCAGGGCGAGUGGGGAGCCGCGCCUCAUGCUUCGCUGCGUCAACCCCAAGGAGGCGGAGUUACUGGAUGGAGCAGCGGGAGCCCAUGUGAGGUUCCGCCUUGGAGGGGAGCGCUUCCCUCCAAACAUCUACUACAAGAUCUUCACGCACCGCCCCGUGCAAGACCUGUGCGCAAACAGCCCCAAGGUGUACGCAAGCGCCGCAGUCAAAACACUGCCUGCCAGACCACCACCGCGCUACAGCAUCACACGCCACGGAGCUCACGGGACCGGAGCGCGGGCGACACCCGGCACCGAGCGGUCGGUCCGGGAUCCAGAUCCGGAUCGCAGCGGGUGGUACAAGAGAGUGGAGAACAAUGGGUGGAGGCUGGUGUCAGAGAGGCUGGUGGGCCGGCCGUUGGCAGCGCAGCCCUGCGGGGAGGCCGGCGGCACGGUGCCCCCCGCGGCUCCGUUCUCCCCAAGCCGGCGCCAGCGCAGGCACGAAUCGAGCUCGCGGCGCCGGCGCAGGCAGAUCCAGUGGCUGCGCAAACUGUACGAGGGAGGGCAGCAGGCCCCUGCAAGCUGUGGAUCAGAAGGAACGGCACCUGGACCACCUGUGGACUCGGAGCUCGAGGAUUUACUGACAUGGACCAAGGCGCUCGACUUUGAGGAGUACAUCAAUGGCUGGAAGGAGCUUGGGACUACCAACACGUCAGACAGGCUUUACGGUUUCCAGUGCAUGGGCUGGGACGACCCCAAAGAUGUCGCAAAUGUGUUCUCAAACUGAGCUGGUUCUGAGUCCAAUCCCUAAUCAAUAUCAAGAUCACACCGUCUUCAAGAUCCUACAUAUUGACUUGGCCCCUGCCUACCUCUUCCCUCUCAUACUGAACUCCCCUUUCAUCUCACUCUACUCCCCCUCACACGCUCACCUACCUCUCCACUUUCAUCUCACUCUACUCCCCUCCACGCAAGCUCUGAUCUCACCCCUCUCAACUCACUCUAUAUCCCCUCCGCACACUCAGUGAUCGAGCAACCAAGGCUUCUUGUCCAAGAAUCCCCAGCCAGCUUUCCUGGGAUCCCAGUUUCGAAUCCAGGUUUCAGUCGCUCAUGAUUUUAACUACGUUGUCAUGUGUAGUAAGUUGACGGUAUCAGCCCAGUCACCAAUGACUGUACACAGAAAACAAACUCAUCCAUGUUAAGCUUGGUUUAAUAACUUAGUUUGGCCUAUACCAACAUUCACUCUUUUCUAGGCCGUAUAAAUAACGUGCCACUACUCAUUGGUUUUUUCGGCAAAGUCACGUAUGUAGAAAUACAAUUAAAUUAUAUUAAAACAAAAAACAAUCACGACGUUUCGAUCACAACGCAAGCGAUCUUCAUCAGGUGUCAAGAACA